GAUGCCCGCCACCACCCUAGCCACCAUGCCCGUAGUGACACACACACCUGCGCUGCCCACACGACCGAUGCCACGACCGAUGCCACGACCGCUGCCACAGCCGACACCAACACCUCUCUGGAGAGAGGCAACGAUAGCCGGAAGAAGCUUAAACUUGCGCUCAAUAAAGCAGUAUUGAACUAGCAACCGAGUAGUUCACUUGACUCUAGAGAACGCUCCCCCCAUAACUGGCGCAGUCGCAGUCGUCUCGGCGGAUUACCGGGACAUAGGAUGAAGAUUCCACUCAUUCUAUUCUGGGCCUGGGUCAUCCAAGCGGACAUGCAGCUUUACGACUUGAACACCAACCCCGGCGUUGUAAUGUUGCGAUCAGGAAGAAGAUAUAUCAAAGAAGGUAACAUUCGAAUUUACCAUAAAAUUGACCUCCAGGCAUACGGACCACUGAUUGUUCGGUGUAGAACCGCUAUCAACAGCCUAAAAACAGCUAGGAAUUAUAAAGAGGUUAUAGAUUUACUAAGCCAUAGGGUCGAAAAAAUCAUGAACAUGUACCGAGAUCUUUACCCUAAAGAGGUAGUAAGAAGAAAAAGAGCUCUAGAUUUUCUAGGAACUGGGAUUAAGUUCAUAACGGGUAACAUGGACUCCGAUGAUAGGGCCCAGAUCAAGAGCGACAUAGAUACAAUAUUGAAUAAGGAAGAAGACCUCGUUAAACAAAAUAAUAAACAGAUAGUUAUAAAUAAACAGUUAGAAACAAGAGUAAACAAAAUGAUUAGGAUUAUUAAUGAUCAGCAGAACAAUGCCAUACUACAACUGAACGAUUUCAACAUCUUAAAACAGACAAUUAUUGCAACCGAUCACCUUAACCAAAUCGAGGGCCAUCUAGAUAGUAUAGCUGAAACAAUCCAUCUGGCAAAAUUCAACAUCAUCUCGAAAUCGUUUUUAGAACCAGAAGAAAUAGGACUAGUUCAAAAAACCCUGAUUGAGCAAGAUGUUGCUCUUCAUAAUGUUAAUCAAAUCUACGAUUUUUUAGAGAUCAAGGUAGCAUACUUGCAAUCGAAUCUAUUUUUUGUUAUAUUGGUCCCGCGGUUAAAACAAGGAACGUUCAAAAGUUAUUUGUUAGCAGCCAUCCCAAAGAAUGGGAAGAUCAUUCAACUCCCGGCACCCGACGCUUUGGUCGGCGGAAACCAAACGUAUUUCAUCAGGCAGCACUGUGCGGGUGGUGACUCUAUUGUGGUAUGCAAUGAAGAGGAUCUUAUUGACGUUAGUGGCGACAACUGCUUCGACCCAAUAUUUCGAGGCUCAACAGGUGACUGCGUGUUCACCAACUAUUCAAGCACAAGUAGAGUAAGGAGGCUAACGGACAAUCACAUUCUUCUAAACAGCGGAAACAAGACAAAGCUGUCAUCAACGUGCGGCCUCCCAGAUCGUAAUCUGAGCGGUAACGUUCUGAUUUUUUUCGAAAACUGCACUGUCCAGAUUAACGACGAAAUUUUCAAAGACGUCUUGUUUAACACGAGGGAGAAAAUCGACAUAAUCCCCCUAAACGGACAAAUUAUUAACGAAGGUCGCUUCAAUGCAAGCCUAUCUCUGCAAAACGUACACGAGCUGCACCUAGCUCAUAGAGAAUGGCUAGAGAGCAUUGAGAGGAAGGCCACCGCGACGGAUUCCAGAAACAUAGGAAUAUUUUUCGUCUUUUCCUGCCUUUUCUCGGCGAUGUUUGUAGCCAAGGUUUGUGCGAGACGCACAAAACUGAAGGACGGAGGAGUUACGGAUGCCCGCCACCACCCUAGCCACCAUGCCCGUAGUGACACACACACCUGCGCUGCCCACACGACCGAUGCCACGACCGAUGCCACGACCGCUGCCACAGCCGACACCAACACCUCUCUGGAGAGAGGCAACGAUAGCCGGAAGAAGCUUAAACUUGCGCUCAAUAAAGCAGUAUUGAACUAGCAA